AUGGCCCCCUCUGCGCUCCGCAGGACAGCCGGCCGCGUCGCCGUGGGCAUCGUCGGUCUUGCUGUCGGUGCCAGCGUCGUGUCACGUGUCAAGCGCGCCGGCGCCCGCCUCAAGGAGGAUCCCGCGACGAAUGCCGCGCAUGCCGUCAUCGGCCCUGACGGCGUUGUCAAGACAGAUGUGCUGAUCGUUGGCACCGGAGGCCCGGCCCUCACGGCCGCCCUGCGCGCCAAGUCCCUCGGCCUCGACACCCUCGUCGUCGAGAAGAAUGCCAAGGUCGGCGGCACCUCCUGCUUCUCCGGCUCCGGCCUCUGGAUUCCCAACACCCACGUACACAACGACGCAGGCGACUCCAUCGAAAAGGCCUUGACCUACAUGGGUGCCAUCAUCGGCGACGCCGGUCCGGCCUCUUCCGGCCCCCGCCGCGAGGCCUUCCUACACCAAGGACCGGCCAUGGUCAAGUGGCUCGAGAACGCUGGCUACCAGUGGCGCCGCACCCCCCUCUACCCCGACUACUUCCAGGACAAGCCCGGGUCGCAAGUCGGUGGCCGCAGCAUCGAGGCCCUCAUGUACGAUGCUGCCCUGCUCGGCCCCUGGCGCGACAAGCUCAACAUCAACCCCGUCCGCCCCCCGCUGCCGCUCUACACCAACGAGCUGUCCAAGAUUGUGCGCGCCCGCUGCUCUUGGGACGGCUUCUUGACCGCCGUCAAGAUCUGGGGCCUGCGCCUGUACCCGAACCAGUUUCUCGGCGCCGAGCCCGUGUGCCUGGGCGUCAGCAUGAUCAGCCGCCUCCUCUACAUGAACGUCAAGCAGGGCACGCCCAUCUGGACGUCCAGCCCCAUGACCGAGCUGGUGGUCGACAAGGCGAGUGGCCGCGUGACGGGUGCCAAGGUCGAGCACGACGGCCGCACUGUGACGGUCGAGGCAUCCCAAGGCGUAAUCCUGGCCGCCGGCGGCUUUGCCCGCAACGCCGAGAUGCGCAAGACCUACCAAGCGCCGCCCAUCACGGCCGACUGGACGUCCGCCUGCCAGACCGACCAAGGUGACGCCAUCACGGCCGCCCAAAAGAUUGGUGCCGCCACGGCGCUCAUGGACUCGGCCUGGUGGGGCGCCGCCAUGUACGAACCCGUGUCCAAGCUGGGCAUCUGGUGUCUGUACGACCGCGGCCUGCCGCACUCCAUGAUUGUCGACAAGCAGGGCAAGCGUUUCCUCAACGAGUCGCAAAACUACAAUGCUCUCGGCACGGCCAUCUGGAAGCGCCACAAGGAGGGUCCUACAGCCAUCCCGGCGUACCUGAUCAUGGACACCAACCACCGCAACCGCUACCUGCUCGCCGGCCGCUUCAUGCCCGGCAGCGCCAUCCCGCAAAAGGACCUGGACUCGGGCUUUGUCACCAAGGCCGACACCCUGCCCGACCUGGCGGCCAAGCUGGGCAUUGACGCCGACGGCCUGCAGGCCACCCAGACACGCUUCAACGGCUUUGUCGACAAGGGCGUCGACGACGACUUUGCGCGCGGCACCAGCGUCUACGACUUCUACCUGGGCGACCCGGCCUACGGCAACAAGAACCGCAACCUGGGCAAGAUCGAAAAGGGUCCCUUUUACGCUGUGCGUAUCUGGCCCGGCGACCUGGGCACCAAGGGCGGUGUGCUGACGGAUGAGUUGGGCCGUGCCCUCAAGGAGAUAAAAGACGGCCAGUAUGCCGUGAUCCCCGGUCUGUACGCGGCCGGCAACUCGUCCGCCAGCGUCAUGGGCCGCACGUACGCUGGCGCCGGGGCGACACUGGGCCCCGGCCUGACGUUUGCGUGGAUUGCCGCGACCGACUGCGCGCGGUCUGCAGGUGUUCCGGAGAGCAAGCUGACGGUCGGUCUUCUGCAGGCCAUUUUCCUAGACCGCAUUCUUCUCCAGAUACUCCAGCCACUGCUCGGCAGUCCACGACGACGAAAUGUCGUUGUUGACCAGCCCGUCAAAGAGCACCGUCGGGCUGACGUGCACGCCCACGAGACGGCCGGCCCUGAUCACCAGCUUGAGGUCGUUGGUGACGGCGUUGCCCGUGUUGACCGAGCCGUCCGCCGCCGGCUCUGUGGCGACGGCCAGGUCCUUGUAGAUGGUGCCCGCGUCGAGAGCGCCGCCCGACGACGCCGCCGCCAGCGCGGCCAGCCGCUUGUACGUGUCGUUGCGGCCCUCGGCGACCACGGCCACGUCCAUGUACGCCUUCUGGUCCUUGAACAGUGCCGCGCUAAAGUCCCAGAACAGCUGCGGCUUGCCCGCGGCCACCGCGGCGCGCUGCACGGCCAGGCCGGCCUCGUGCGUCAGCGUGCUGCUCGGGUGCCACGGCUGCACCUGCUGGCGGAAGAUGACCUGCACGCGGCUGCCGACACCGCUCGACCGCGAGCGCAGGACGGGCACGACACCCGUGUAAAAGGUGUUGAAGAGCUUGGCCGAAAAAGGGCAGACGUAGUCGAGGAAGAUUUCGACGGUGUGGACGGGCGCGACAGAGGCGGCGGCGGCGGAGAGGUCAGUAAAGACCAGGCGGUGGGCCGCAAACUUGGGAGCGAGAGCCAUUGUGGUCAAUGUGAUUGUGUGAGGGGUGGUGGGGUGGAGCAAUGUUGUGUAAGUGACGUCGACGCUGGAGUCAAAAUUGAGAGUGAAGAAUCUGGAGAGAGACGUGAAAGAGAGAUGAGAGAGAAGACAAGAAAGAGAAAAGGGGCUGAUUUGGCACCGGCACGUCGUAAACACAAAUGCACGGAAGGAACGGGAGUAUGA